CCCUUUAUAGCGUUUCAUCGGGCGCUGUACAAAAAGAUGUUUGUAUGUGCUAGUACAGUCCGAGGAUGAGCACAAUUUUUAUUCCGAUCGAUAACUAGGAAUCACAAUUCACAACCCAUUACCUGCCACUUUGCCACUGCAGAUUUAUAAUAAGUGUCGGAGAAUCUGGCCGGUUUUUCCAGAAGAGGCAGAGGUACCAGUCAUUGUGGCCCAAUUGACUGCAUUGUCUCAUGACUUGAUUACCAGCUAGACGAGGAAUACAUUCAAGAUGACGAGUGUAACGUUGAUUGAUACAUCGAGGGCCGAUCCCUCCAUCAUCCGUUUGGCAGUGGAGAUGCCAGGAAAGCCUGGACAACUCUACUGUUGGGACCAGAACAAAAGUCUGACCACUAUCGCGGAGGAGGUGUGCCACAUGUACAACAUUGGCAAUCCUGGAGACUAUGCGUUACAGCACACUGACGUUAAACUGACCUACAUCACUGAGGACAAUCGCAGUGAACUCACAAACGGUAUCGUCCUGAAGCUGACUGAUUCUCCUGGUAAAACUGCACAGGACGUGUUCAGCAAUCUCCAGUCAGAAAAUCCCGAGGAUACCCAGCAGGCAUUGCAGAAACUGUCCAAGGCCUCAGCAGACAUUACCUUUGCCCAGGAAUUCUGCAAUCGGGGCGGAGGAGAUUUGCUCAUCGGAAUGGUUGAGGAAGGCAGUGGGCAAGGGGAAGCGCUUGCUUUCACACUGGCAAGUUUCCUUGAGCUCAUGGAACAUUCCAUCAUUCCAUGGGAGAACAUCACCAUGAAGUUUAUCAAGAGGAUUGCAUCCUACGUCAAUCGCACCCAUUCGGCAGUCCUCCAGCCCGGUGAUAGUACAGUCACUCUCAAGGCGCUGGCUAUACUAGAGAGUCUGAUCCUUAGCAG